AGGUAUUAAAAGAAUUGUUCAGUGCUGUAAGUGCAGAUCAUUAAAGAAGAAGAAGAAGCACUAUCUUUCUAUUUGUGUGCUCCUUUUGAUUUUAAACUUUCUUUUUUAUUCAUCCUUUUUGGGUUUCUUUUUGGCUUUCCAUUUUUUUUAUUUCCGGUGAAGCUAAUACUGCCGGAAUCUGAAAAUGUCGGUUUACGACGCGGCGUUUGUUAACUCGGAGCUAUCGAAACCAACGUCUGUUUUCGGGUUAAAGCUAUGGGUAGUGAUCGGAAUCCUUUUCGGUACUUUCAUAGUUUUAUCUCUGUUCCUUCUCUCCCUUUGUCUGACAACCCGCCGCAAAUCUCGGAGACACCGACAGCUUGACCCCGCACCGCCAAUCUGCAAAGAGAUCCAGGAAAUAGUCCACCACCGUCAGCCAUCGGCGCCGGAUCACCAACGAGUCACGCCGCCCGUUCAGGAGGUUAAAGUGGACUUGGGGAAAACGGAGCAGCAGCAGCACGUAGUGACGGUGUUCUCUAGCGGAGAAAGUAAAGGACAUACCAGCGUGAGCGAAACACCGUCGUUUGGGAGCGGGACGGUCGGGCCGGAAGUAUCUCACCUUGGGUGGGGAAGAUGGUAUACGUUAAGGGAACUGGAGUUAGCCACCGAUGGAUUAUGUGAAGAAAACGUCAUCGGCGAAGGUGGCUACGGCAUUGUUUAUUACGGUGUUUUAACUGAUGGGACUAAAAUUGCUGUAAAAAAUUUGCUCAACAACAGGGGUCAAGCUGAGAAGGAAUUUAAAGUAGAAGUGGAAGCAAUUGGACGUGUACGGCACAAGAAUCUUGUGAGAUUACAUGGAUACUGCGUUGAAGGUGCUUACAGGAUGCUUGUGUAUGAGUACGUUGACAAUGGUAAUUUAGAGCAAUGGCUCCAUGGUGAUGUUGGUGAUAUUAGUCCACUUACAUGGGAUAUUCGUAUGAAUAUCAUUUUAGGAACAGCAAAGGGUUUAGCUUACCUUCAUGAAGGUCUAGAACCGAAAGUUGUUCAUCGAGACGUAAAAUCUAGCAACAUCCUGCUCGACCGUCAAUGGUACCCUAAGGUUUCGGAUUUCGGGCUUGCCAAACUCUUGUGUUCCGAACGGAGUUAUGUGACUACUCGAGUGAUGGGCACAUUUGGCUAUGUUGCUCCGGAAUAUGCUUGUACCGGCAUGUUAACCGAGAAGAGCGAUGUCUAUAGUUUUGGCAUACUUAUUAUGGAAGUUAUUAGCGGGAGAAGUCCGGUUGACUAUACCCGACCACAAGGAGAGGUGCAUUUAGUGGAAUGGUUAAAAACCAUGGUCGGAAACCGAAAAGCCGAAGAAGUAAUCGAUCCUAAGUUACCCGUGAUGCCUGCUUCAAAAGCGCUUAAACGUGUACUAUUAGUCGCUCUUCGAUGUGUUGAUCCUGAUGCAACAAAAAGGCCAAAAAUGGGGCAUGUUAUCCACUUGCUCGAAGCUGAUGAUCUACUAUUCCGCGAUGAACGCCGGAUCACAAAAGAACCUUGGGAUUCGCAUUCCGGUGACAGGCAGACGAAUCACAAUGCAACGAAAUUAAGUUAGAGAUACAAGUGAAGGUGAUAUAACUAUCACCAGCCAAAGCUUUUAUCAACUCUUAGGAGACUAACAAAUUUAAGCCUCUUUUAAUUAGUUUUCAGAAGUUUUUUAAGGUUUAUAUGUUUUUCAAUUAGGUCCCCAGUUUUUUUUUUUGGUUGUAUCUUUAACAGUAAUCUGCAAUUUUUUUCAAUGUGAAUAUAAAGUAUGCAUUUGUACAAA